ACCCUAAUCUUCCCGAUUACUGCUUAUACUCUUAUUACCUCGACCACUACGGGAUUUGAAUUACAACUGCAUCUCUGUGCUAAUGUGGUGUGACAACUCGAACUGAUGUACGUACGUACGAAGUUCUACGUUGUUACUGACUGACUGACUGACUAUAACGUAUCGAGCUCGCAGUCCUAAUCUGAAUUUUCACAACGUGGAGUCAUGUUGGUUUCUACGUUGUUGAAUGUGUCCGUUCGGCUUUCUAACACUCCUUUGCAAAUGUAUGUUCAACUUAAAACGUUUUACAGUAUAAGCUGAUAACUCGUCAAAAAUAAGUAUUGUCUUCUGUGUUCAGACGAAUAUCCAACAUUUUUAUGCUUUGGCAUAAUUGUUGUACUUCUUACUGUAAAGUUAUGAGUAAUUUAUUGAUGUGUUUUCAUGUCAUUUUUCGUUCUUCCUUCCUUUUUCCUAGUAGACCCCUUCUGUAUCCCAAAAAUUUUGAUAAAUCGGAAACUUAUCAUACAUGUGAUUGGAGUUGAAAAAGAACUCUCUCUUUUGCCAGUAUUCAAAGUAUGCUGAAGUGAUCAUUCCAUAAUUUUGAUAAUAAUAUUAGUCUUAACUGGAUACGUAGGUUUAACAGUUCUCUUAGUGCAUUUCUCUAAAGUUGUAUUAUUUCAUUAGCGAUUAAUAAACAAGCGUUUUACUCUAGCACUAUUUAAGAUACAUUGUUUUGGAUCAUAAUUUGCUCACUGAAUAUGCGUUUAUGUACUCGACUUUCAGCCGUAUGGUACAUGUUCAAUCGUAGCUAAGUAGAUAGGUUGUUUUUUAAAUGCAUAAACAAUGAGUAUUGAAGAUGACUUCAUUUUCUUUUUCUGUUAUUCCUUAAAAUUGUUUUGUAUGUCCAAAAGGAUGUGCCUCUGUCCAAAUAGAUCCUAUCACGAAUUGUAUCUUUUUUUAGUUUCACAGCUUUGAACACAGUACGCUUGCAUAUCUUCAUAUAAAUAAAAAGAAUCUGAAAAUUAAGUGCUAACCGAACAAACAAAUAUUUACGACAGCAGAUACGAGUAAACAGUAUUAUUUUCAAAUUUAUCUUUAUCAGUCUUCACUCUAAUACUCAAUAAUAUUAAUGUGUUUGUAUAGAGAUAUUAGACCAAUCAUGGCGGUUUAUGAGUUAACGAUAACAGAGGAGUGGAUCAUAUGACUAAACACAAUAAUUGGGUCAUUAAACCCUAUCCGCCCAAGAAGGUAAGGUCAUUGCAAAUUUCCUAUGAAUAUAGACACUAAAGUUGCUAGUUCAGAUCCCUAUGGCUCCCACUACAUGUAAGUCAGUCAGUCAGUCAGCUACAACGUAGGACCAGACACAUAUGCGUCGGUCCAAGUUGCCACACCUCAUUAGCACAACAAGAUGAACACCAAAUUCAUAUAGUUACUUCAAUGGCAAUAAUAUAUAAAAGGGAGGUUUGGAAACCUAUGUGCCUUCAACAAACUGGUCAUAGGCGGCACCAUAUUUCCACACAAACACAUACACAAAACCACAUGGACUCCACCAGAUCACACUACACAGAACCAAAUCGACCAUAUCUGCAUUAUCAAAAAGUUCGGGAGGACGAUGGAGGAUGUGAGAACCAAGAGAGGAGCUGAUAUAGCAUCAGAUCAUCACUUGCUGAUCACCAAGAUGAAAUUGAAACUCAAGAAGCACUGCAUAGCGAGGCGGACAACAUCACAGAUGUUCAAAGCGGUCUUUCUUCAGGAUACUGACAAACUCAACAAAUUCAAGAUAGUCCUCAGCAACAAGUUCCAGGCCUUUCAUGAUAUACUCAACGGAGAACAAACUACUAUGGAGAGCAGCUGGAAGGGGAUCAAAGAGGCAAUCACUUCAACAUGUUAUGAGGUUCUGGGCCACAAUAAGCCCCAUCACAAGGGAUGGAUCACUGUUGACACACUGGAUAAGAUUCAAGAAAGAAGGAACAAGAAGGCAGCAAUCAAUACCAGUCGAACAAGAGCAGAAAAGCCAAGGCACAAGCUAAAUACACGGAAGUAAACAAACAAGUGAAGAGGAGCAUCAGAACCGACAAACGUAAAUAUGUGGAAGAACUAGCAAUGACGGCGGAAUAGGCUGCAAGAGAAGGGAACAUGAGACAAUUGUAUGACACGACAAAGAAACUCUCUGGAAAUCGCCGCAAACCAGAAUGGCCAGUGAAAAGGAAGGAAGGCGAGGUAAUCACCAACAUUGAGGAACAGCGAAACAGGUGGGUAGAACACUUCAAAGAACUCUUGAAUCGACUAGCCCCACUGAACCCACCCAACAUCGAAGCAGCACCCACGGACCUCCCAAUCAAUGUUGGCCCACCAACAAUUGAAGAGAUAAGCAUGGCCAUCAGGCAAAUCAAGAGUGGCAAAGCAGCAGGACCAGACAACAUUCCAGCACGGGGACUGAAAGCAGACGUAGCGGCAACUGCAAGGAUACUCCACAUUCUCUUCAAUAAGAUUUGGGAUGAAGAACAAGUACCAAAAGACUGGAAAGAAGGACUCCUGAUCAAAAUACCAAAGAAAGGCGAUCUCAGCAACUGUGAUAAUUACAGGGGCAUCACUGUUCUCUCAAUACCGGGAAAAGUCUUCGACAGGGUAUUGUUAAACAGGAUGAAGGACUACGUAGACGCCCAACUUCGUGACCAACAGGCAGGAUUCCGUAAGGAUAUAUCGUGUACAGACCAAAUCGCAACUCUAUGGAUCAUUGUGGAACAAUCAGUUGAAUGGAAUUCAUCACUCUACCUCAACUUCAUUGACUACGAAAAAGCAUUUGAUAACGUGGACAGAACAACACUAUGGAAGCUUCUUCGACACUACGGCAUGCCUCAGAAGAUAGUCAAUAUCAUACAGAACUCAUAUGAUGGAUUACACUGCAAAAUUGUGCAUGGAGGACAGUUGACAAAGUCGUUCGAAGUGAAGACCGGUGUCAGACAAGGUUGCUUACUCUCACCCUUUCUCUUUCUUGUGGUGAUCGACUGGAUUAUGAAGACGUCAACAUCUGAAGGGAAGCACGGGAUACAGUGGACAUCUAGGAUGCAGUUGGAUGAUCUAGACUUCGCAGAUGAUCUGACCCUUCUAUCCCAAACGCAACAACAAGUGCAGGAGAAAACGACCAGUGUAGCAGCAGCCUCAGCAGCAGUAGGUCUCAAUAUACACAAAGGGAAAAGCAGGAUUCUCCGAUACAACACAGAAUGCACCAAUCCAAUCAAAAUUGACGGAGACGAUUUGGAAGAUGUAAAAACCUUUACGUAUUUGGGCAGCAUCAUUAAUGAACAGGGUGGAUCUGAUGCAGAUGUGAAGGCGCAGAUCGGCAAAGCAUGAGCAGCAUAUUUACAACUGAGGAACAUCUGGAACUCAAAGCAACUGUCAACUAACACCAAAGUCAGGACUUUCAAUACAAAUGUCAAGACAGUUCUACUUGGAGAACUAUGAAAGCCAUCAUCCAGAAAAUACAGGUCCCAGAGGAAGAAGUGGAUAGGACACACAUUGAGGAAAGAACCCAGCUGCGUCACAAGACAAGCUCUCACAUGGAAUCCUCAAGGCCAAAGGAAAAGAGGAAGACCGAAGAACACAUUACGCCGGGAAAUGGAGAUAGACAUGAGAAAAAUGAACAAGAAUUGGAUGGAAUUAGAAAAGAAGGCCCAGGACAGAGUGGGUUGGAGAAAGCUGGUCAGCGGUCUAUGCUCCAUUAGGAGUAACAGGCGUAAGUAAAGUAAGUAAGAGAUUUCAUGUAAGGAUAUGAUACAGGGAGAAAGAAUUAGUUCGUAGAAAGAAAGGCAUACAGUAAUUUUAAUCUCACCAUUUGAGGGCAGAUAUGGAGAUGAAAUCGAACACCAUAAAAAAGCAGAAUGUAUUACGUUGAGUGAUAUGAUCCUAUCUACUACCUCAUGUUUUUAUUAUUUCAAUAAUUUAUAUUUUCUUGAGUCUUAUCUUGAGUGCCUAAUCUUUCUUAUUACCAUUAUUACUGUUACCAAUUCUACUAUUAUGGAAUUUGUCCUGACAGUUUCAUCUUUAUGUGAUAAAGAAGUGUGGUAAUUUAAACAGAUGUAUAUAUUUUCCAGGUUUAAGAGUGUUUGGCUGAUUGAUCGCUAUCGACCAAAUGUGAUAGAAUGGAGUUGUGUAUUUUUGUUAUACCCUUUCCCAAUAACGAAGGGAGGUGUUCAUAAGCUGAUUUGCUAAGUUGUCUUGUUGUUUGCCCGGUAUUACUUUCUUCACAAGAGCUGCUAAAUUCGUAAAUGUCUAUUGAUGUGACAAAACUAGGUAACUUAUCCUCCAAAGAUUUAAAAACAUUUGUACUGACACCGCAGAAAACGAAGCACCACUAAAAGAGUAUACAUUAGUUACAUUUUUUUCAUUAUCAUUAAAUAAAUCAUAAAAAUGCCAUUCUUACCACAUUUGAGCAAAUUAUGUUUUUGAAAACAGGAACUGGAUCAUUUGUUCAAACCACAACUCAGAAUCUAUAUCUAUUUCAUUGGUAGGCAUUUUGAUGUUGCAGCAGAUAGAGUUGUUUAUCAUCUUUCGUCACGAUUGUCCGUAAGUGUUUGGAGUGGAUUAUAUCAUGAAUUUUUGCAUACUCAAAAACCAACAAGUGAACUGCCUGAUUUAAUUAUUGGUUUCAAUGCUGGUCUCGCUGCCUAUCCAACUUGGCCACUCACACUGUCUUCCAUCGCUGAAACUGGUGUGCCAGUGUUCUUUACAGAUUCUUGCUUAUACAGUUCAUUAUGGGGUUUCCAGGUAUCAAGUUCUUUGGGUUUAGGCCCAAGUAAACCUGAUGCCAUUUUGGACGAUAGUUAUGACCAAACCAAUGGUUCCAAUCAAACAUGUCUGUUUCUAAAUCCGUUUCGAAGCCCUGUCCGUAUUGAGGCGCCUGGUGUGCGAUGGAGCUGGUUCUCAAAUGCCUUCAUAUUCUCCCCUUUUUAUCCUGCAGAUUAUUUACAGCAACGGUCAGACCUACCUCAGCGAAUGGCUUCAAUGAAUGUAUGACUAAUUAACAUAGUUUCCGUUUCGUUUUGCAGUGGAUAUACCCACGUCUCUUAUCUCUGUAAAUAUUCCAUCUCCAGUCUCUCCUAACGUUUUUUCCAUGUACUAUUAAGUGGCAACUCCUUAAAGCUGUUGUGUGCUUCAGUUCACACUCUUUCAUUUGUUAUCUAUGUGAAACAUGACCUUAUUUGUUGUGAAAGCAUUACCUGUUUUUCAAGUCACUAUGAUCGUUUUAUAAUUUACAGCCUUUUGUCGGCAAGAAGUGUUUAGCAUAGGAGCUUAAAUAUUGAUACACACUGCACUUAUAUAGUUUGAAAUGUUCCUGAGUCGCCGCCUGUAUUACUCAGUUUAUUGAAAAUGCUCGACUAUGGCGAUAAUUAAGGUAAGCUGCUAAAUAGGGAACCUAGGACAUUCAUUGUCUGUGAUGGUAUCCUUCCGUCACCUAAAAACGGGUCAUUUAUCACGUGAUAUAUUUGUUUCUUGAUCUCACGAACUCGUUUUAAUAUGCAGGUGACCAAUGCUUAUUAUAGGGAUCAAAUUAGUGCGAAUAACCAUCGACAAUGUCUUUGCUAGGCUGAUAAGGCUAAGAAUUAACCGUAAUUAUAAGAACGGGAAAGGUAUAUGUUACUCGUCUGUGAUAAAGACAGGACAAGUUAGAAAAACUUCUAGGCAGAAAGAUGAAGGUAAGCAACUAUAUAUGCAGUUGGACUAUGGUUAAUUAAUUUCAGUGACUUUGUUUUUUAAAUGAAUUCAGACUCAACUGGGCCUAUUGCGCCUUAAGUAUAUUAAUGUUAUCAAUUUUGAAAUCUAGGUCUAACGGAGUUCAAGGUACCUUUCUCUAAUAAAUCCAAACGACCUCAUAGAUCUGCAUGAAAUUGUUUUGUCAGACUUUGAAACCAAAUGUACAAAAUUAGUGACUGAUUAGACGUUCACUCCCACUAAAGAUAGAUGCUUCCUCUGGUUUAGUGUUGGACUUAAACCUUUCUUUAUCUUUGGCUUAGAGUUACUAAUAAAACUUGGAAAUGUACCAGUAUUCCCUACUGUCAGGGUGCGACACAUUUGCCAGCGAUUGGGAAGGAGGACACUGGUUUUCAGAUACACAUGUCCUUUAUGCUGAUAAUAGUUCUUAGGCAUAAUAGUGCAAUGCAGAACAGUGUUAUUACAGUUACUUUCUGAAAGGCAUUUAAAUCCUGUGUAGUUGAUGGUAUGGGAGGACAUAAUCUUCAUGGCACUUCUGUACGAUACAUACCUGAUACAUAUAUCGGUAGUGACUCAUCUUUUCAUAAUGUUUAUUCGUACAUCAGAUGCAGCUUGUUCGUCUUUAAAAGGCAUAUACUAAGAGACUUCUUGGCAUCACAGUAGCGAUUGGUCGUCGGAAAUCAUUUAGACUGCUUACAGAGAGAAUUCCGCUAAACCUGUUGUCUAGUUACCCGUCACUAAAUGGACAAACGGAAAAGCCAUAUCCAUUACACAGUUUCCUUCCGAAGGGGUAGGAAAUUUAUUAUAAAAAUAGAUUAGUAAAAGUAGAUCAGUGGUCAUCUCGUUCCCGAUCCAAUUUCAAACCAUUGGAAAAUAGUCUCAUCAUUCUUACAUCGAUUUCGUACGAAGGACCAAAUGGGGAGCUUGCUUUAUUGAGAAUAUAUUCUUCAGUAUCCCGUAUAUUCUGUGAUAAAAGCACACGUGCACCUGUGCGGAACUUGAUAGAGUAAAUUCCCAUAAGGAUGCAUGAGCAUUCCGACACCUCACUGUCUGUUUUUGGUCAGCAGCAUUUGUAUAAAUUAUUGAUCCCUAUACAAUUCAUUGCACGCUCAUUACGAAUACGAAAUGUCAAACAUUCACUUGUGUUCAUCUGGUUCUCUUCUCCCUACGCCUGUUACCCCCAGUGGAGCAUAGGCCGUCGGCCAGCAUCCUCCAACCCGCUCUAACCUGGGCCUUCCUUUAUAGUCUUAUCCAAUUGUUGUUCAUUCCCAUGUCUGUCUCCAUUUCUCUGCUUAAUAUGUUCUUAGAUCUCCCCUUUCCUUUGGCCCUGAAGAUUGCAAGUGGGGGCUUGCCUUGUGGCUCAGUCGGGUGCGUCCCUCAAUGUGUGUCCUAUCCACUUCUUCCUCUGAGACCUCGUUUGUUCUCUCGCACAGUAGGUUGUUGCUGAUAGUGUCUGGUCAACGGAUCCGAAGUAUUUUGCAUAGACCGCUGCUAAUAAUCACUUGUAUCUUCUGAAUAAUGGCCGUGGUUCUCCAAGUUUCCGCUCCAUACAAUAGAACUGUCUUGACAUUUGCAUUGAAAAUUCUGACCUUGGUGUUGGUUGACAUUUGUUUUGAGUUCCAGAUGUUCUUUAAUUGUAAAUAUGCUGUUCUCUCUUUGCCAAUCCGCGCCUUCACAUCUGCAUCAGAUCCACCAUGUUCAUCAAUGAUGCUGCCCAGAUAUGUAAAGGUUUUUACGUCCUCCAAGGCUCCGUCGACUGUGAUUUGAUAGGUACGUGUUGUGCUGUAUCGGAAAAUCUUUCAGUUCCCUUUGUGUAUGUUAGGACCUACUGCUUCUGAGGAUGCUGCCACAUUAAUCGAUUGAAGAGCCAGAUCAUCUGCGAAGUCUAGAUCAUCCAACUGCAUCCUAACUGUUCACUGUAUCCCGUGCUUCCCUUCAGAUGUUGACGUCUUCAUGAUCCAGUCGAUCACCACAAGAAAGAGAAAGGGUGGGAGUAAGCAACCUUGUCUGACACCGGUCUUUACUUCCACCAAGUCUGUCAACUAUCCUCCAUGCACAAUUUUGCAGUGUAAUCCAUCAUAGGAAUUCUGUAUGAUAUUGACUAUCUUCUGAGGCAUGCCGUAGUGUCGAAGAAGCUUCCAUAGUGUUGUCCUGUUCACGCUGCUAAAUGCCUUCUCGUAGUCAAUGUAGAGUGGUGAAUUCCAUUCAAUUGAUUGUUCUACAAUGAUCCGUAGUGUUUCGAUUUGGUUUGUACAUGAUCGAUCCUCACGGAAUCCAGCCUGUUGGUCUCGAAGUUGGGCGUCUACGGGGUCUUUCAUUCUGUUUAACAAUACUAUAUAUAAGCGAACAAUAUUGUUUUCGAUUAGAUCCUCAUAAGGCUUUACUUCUAAUAUACAGUAAUAUUUAUAUGCAUAUAUGAAAUUAUUAAACCAAUCAACGUAGUUUAUGAGACAAUGGUAACAAUGAGAACGAUUACGUAAUAAGUGAAAAGUACAAAUUAGUAGUGUGAUAACAGGUGCAUUAGUUUUUGAUAAGAAUAAUAAAGGUUCAAAUCAAUGCUACAUAAUCGGAAAUAGGUCAAUGAUUAGAAAAAUAUAGACAGUGAGAUAAAAUCUAUAAAAUCACAAGAUGACGUAAUAAGGAGUGUUCAGAUAAUUGGACCGUGAAACGUAUAUUUGAGAGAAAAUAAACGGUAGGAGGGGGUGAAGAAAAAUAACAAACGAAGGGAAAGUUUGAAAAAAUAAUAAAUAAAUUCAUUUAUUAAGGCCAAUGGAGAGAUAAGGGUGUUACAAAUUUCUUUUGAACACAAAGACUUGGCUUGUUGGCUCGAAUUCCCAUAGCUUCUGCUAUGUGUAAGAGACGAGAUCGAACACCAUAAGGAAAACUAGUGGAAAUACGAUAAAUAACUUUGAACGACUUGUUUCUGUCUACUGUAUGACCGCUAUCGAUCAAGUGUGAUAGAACCGAGCUGCGUAUUGUUUUGACGUUGCCUUUUCCUAACCACGAGGGGAGGUGUUCACCAACUCGUUGGUUCCGUUGCCUGGUAGUGCGCCCAAUAUAGCUUUCUCCACAGGAGCAGCUGAAUUCGUAGAUACACAUAGAAGUGGCAUAACCAGGUAACUUAUCAUUCGAUUGCGGAAUCACCAUCGGUCGGGUCGAAUACGAUAGACAGAGGUUGGCAGCAUUAAACGUUCUCUUUACUGCUCUAGUCAAUCUAUCCCGUAAUACAUCGCUAGCUAAAUCACCAUUGAAUUGCAGCUUCAAGAAAAGCGGUUUCUUAUUAGCCGUCAGUCACUAUUUUCUUGUUUCGUACCCGCAAGUGUUUCUUCAGGAACCCCAGUGGAUAUCCCAAUUCAAUCAACAUAUUAUGAAUGUGCUCUAAUUCCCUAUCAAUUGUGUCAACUGAGCAUAUCUUAAUAGCUCUAUUUGCAAGACAUUUGACUAAGUUUCUCUUAUAAUGAAGAGGCACAAAGCUUAAAAAAUUUGUGUAUUGGCUUGAAGAAGUACUUUUCCUAUACACACCUCUGCUGAUAGAACCAUUUUCUUUUCUACUUAACAAAACAUCCAGGAAAUUUAGUUUGUUAUCUAUUUCCUUUUCACAUGUACAUUUAAUAGCAGGAUGUUUGUUAUUAAAUCGUUCCAGUAGUUGUUCUUCUCUAAUGUUCUGAUCGGCAAUGAUGAAAUAGUCAUCAACGUAACGACAGUAGAAAUCCAGUUUAUUGAUAACCUCUAGCCACUAGGUCCCAUGCUUGCGGAUUUUUUUCUGGCGAAACUAGAAAACGGACUUCUCAAAGAGGUUAUCUUCGUUUAUUAUUUUUCUUCACCCCCUCCUACCAUUUUAGUUUAUUUUCUCUCAAAUAUACGUUCCACGGUCCAAUUAUCUGAACACUCCUUAUUACGUCAUCUUAUAAUUUUAUAAAUUUUAUCUCACUGUCUAUAUUUUUCUAAUCAUUGACCUAUUUCCGAUUAUGUAACAUUGAUUUGAACCUUUAUUAUUCUUAUCAAAACUAAUGCACCUGUUAUCACACUACCAAUUUGUACUUUUCACUUAUUAUGUAAUCGUUCUCAUUGUUAUCAUUGUCUCAUAAACUACCUUGAUUGGUUUAAUAAUUUCGUAUAU